UUGGCUGCUGCGUGACCGCGCCGUGCUCUGAUUGGUCCCGCGCGGAGCCGGGGGCGGUUUGAGCGGCAGCGCCCGGCGCGGCAGCGGCUCCCGGUCCGACACGAUGCUGCCCCUGUCCUUACUGAAGACGGCACAGAACCACCCCAUGCUGGUGGAGCUGAAGAACGGAGAGACCUACAACGGGCACCUGGUGAGCUGCGACAACUGGAUGAACAUCAACCUGCGGGAGGUUAUCUGCACAUCACGGGACGGGGACAAGUUCUGGCGGAUGCCCGAGUGCUACAUCCGCGGCAGCACCAUCAAAUACCUGCGGAUCCCCGACGAGAUCAUCGACAUGGUCAAGGAGGAGGUGGUGUCCAAGGGCAGGGGCCGUGGGGGAAUGCAGCAGCAGAAGCAGCAGAAGGGCCGUGGCGUGGGAGGAGCUGGACGAGGUGUGUUUGGUGGCCGUGGCCGAGGGAUCCCGGGCAGUGGAAGAGGCCAGCAGGAGAAGAAGCCAGGCAGGCAAUCAGCCAAGCAGUGAUGGCCAGGGACACUUUGGGUUUUGUCACCUCAGGGCUGCCACGUGUCCAAAAACGUUCCCUUUCCCACUCCUCCCUCCGAGCCAGAGCCCAAAUCAUGUUCCUUUGGGUCCCCUCACCUGGAGUUUUCUCCUCCCUGUAGUCAGUAAAUCAUUGGAAAUGCUUUUUGAAAAUCCAUGGUUAAGGACUGAGGUUCUGCCUUCUCCCCAGAGUGAAUUUUUCAGCUUUAAUUUAAAAUAUUUCCCCAUCCAGAGGUACCAGCACGAAGGCAAACGCUUUCUGGAUGGUUUGGAUUUUUAUUUUUGAUUUUUUUUUUUAAAUACUUGAAACUUGGGAAGCUUGUUUUGUUUGUAACAGCUGCGUUUUGGUUUAAAAACACUGAACUUGAGGCUGCUGUGUCUGUGGAUGAAUAGUCCUAAAGGUUUGGGGUUUUUUUUUAAACCAACAAACUUUUGAGCUGUUGCUUUUCUUCUUCUGGCCUGUGAGUUCUGUUCCUCCAGUGGCUCAAAGGAGGGAUGAACAUUGGCCUUCAAGGUUUGUUCAUUUGUGACAAAUGAGCAUUUCCCAAUUAGCUCAUUGCUAAUUUGACUUCAGAUUUGAAGUUUCCUUCAAAUAAACAGUUUUGGGUUUUUUUCUGUGGUUUCUUUGGUUUUUUUGGUUUGUUUUUUUUUUUUUGCCUGAGGCUGGUGCACCCCUUAUUCCUCAUGGGGGAUUUAAAUUUUCUUUUUGGACAUCAACUCGAGUCGAUUUCCAUGGAUUGAUUUUUGAAAACUCCCUCCCUUCUGCUGUGACACCCAGUCCUGAACCCUGACAAUGUUUCCCCACCCUCAUUUCUUCCAGCAGCUGGUGCCUGACCUCGCUGGCUGUACCUGUCACUUCCUCCCCCAGCCACCAAUUAUCCUCCCUUGGGGACACAGGCCAGCGUGUGAACGUGUCCCUGCUGCAGCUUCAGAAAACUCCUGGGAAUUCCCAGGGCAGGUUACUCCAGUCUUCCACCCCAAGAGCAAAACACACCCUCAGAAAAUCCUGGCUGAGCACACAGAGGGGGAAGAAACAGCUCGACCCCCCCUGGAUGGGUGAAAAUGCUGAAUUUUGGGGGGAAAACUGAAAUUGGGACUUGUUUUGAGCAAGGUUUGGGGUUUGUCCUACUGGUUCUCGUGUUGGAGGCUCUGCCAUCGCCACUGUACUGAAAAGGAGUGAAGAACUUUGCUUUUAUAGACUUAUUUUUUUAAUGUUUGUAGAACUGGGCACGGUGGUGAGUGAGAAUAAAUCUCCAGCCUCUUCCA